UUAUUUGUUUAUUUAUUUAUUUUGCCUGCUCCUUCCAUGCAGCUGUGUUAUCAUCUGUUGUCAUCUGACUGUCAUUUUUCUGGAAGGAUCUAUUCUUAACAGCGCUGCCGGAGCGCACUGGGGGAUAUUAAAGCGUCAGCGGGAGCAAGAGUCGUGCCCUAACUCGUGCCGUGUCACUACCAGGCGAUCUUAAGAUGUCACCUGAGUUGCAAAAAGCUCAGACUUAAGUAGUGAGCCUUGUUGUUUUUGAUAGUUUGCAAGAGGUGUUGGGAUAAGUUUGGUUUUGUUAGCUGAUCUCGCAGUAAGUUUUGAGAGGAUCAUAUCCUUUUGUCGGAGGUUUGGCUUCUUUUUUAAGCAAAGGGAGAAGGAGAGAGAGAGAGAGAGAGGGGGAAAACAAGACAAUUAAAAAGAUUGACAGGUAGGCUCCUCUGUCAGGGGUGACGCUUGUGGAGAGGGGAGGAGUAAAAAUGUAGCAGGAAAAGCCACUCGAUGCGUCUGUCUAUCAGUUGAGACUGUCUGAAACAGCUUCUGGAUCCGCCGCGUUCCCAUUUUUUUCUUUUUUUUGAGAGACCGCGGAUCAGUCCCUGGAGUUUUUGCCCCCCGUCUUUUUUUUGUGGCUUUUUCAAGAGACAAAUAUUUUAGUCCAUGUCGAUCUGAUCUGUUGUUGGCGAAGCUUGGAUGCGCCUGCGUCUUGUUUCCCCUCUCUCUCAAGUGAUAUCCUCUCCACCGCAUCAACCACCCCUCCAAAAAAAAAAAAAAAAAACCCGACUCUGUCCAACAUGCGAUCAGAUGAGCGGUGAAAAUCAUUUUCACGACUCUUAAAACGUCUGUGGCAAAAGAACGGAAGGAAACACAAGGAUACAUUACUUAUCAGAGGUGUGCACUCGGGACUUAUUUGUUUGGUUACCGCCAGAAAUCUCUUUCUUUUCUUUUUUCUUUUUAGUUUUGGUGUGCGUAAAAGGCGCAGCAAACUAUCGUCCCCCUCCAAACAGCACUGGAGAUUAGGGGGAUUUUUUUUGUUUUUCCCCCAAAGGGAGUGAACCGAAAACUUGGGUUUCAAGGUGCUGGUUUUUUGCUUCUUUUCGUACUCUGCCACGAGAGAGAUGAAGGAAGAUGAUUUUUAAUGGACGUGAAGGUGUCAGGAGCUGGCCGAAUCCCUUCGUAAUUUUUGAGCUCAGUCUCGCUGAAGCCGACCCAGCUAUCACAUCCAAAAAAGAGCAGCCGGUUUGAAGAGACAUUCUCAGCUCAGAGAUCAACAACACCCCUCCCCCGAAAAACGGGAUGAUUUUUCAAAACUGAUAAGACUCCAUUUGUUUGUAAUUCCUGCAUGAGAAGCACCGUGGAACGCGACGGUCACUAUGCCGAGGAGAAAGCAGCAAGAGCCGCGGCGAUCAGCAGCGUACAUGCCCGAGGACGAGCUUAAGGCAGCUGCUCACGAUGAGGAAGAGCACCUGCAGGAUGAUGGCCUCUCAUUAGACGGCCAGGACACUGAGUUCCUCUGCAACGAGGAAGAAGAAGACGUGGAUGGGGGCCGACCACCUAGCUACAGAGACUCCCCACUCAGCAAUGGCACUAACCCUGACGCUGGAUACGGGUCUCCGCUUAGUGAUGCUAGCGACCGACUUGCAGACUUCAAGAGCACCUCUUCCAGGGAUGGUCAGGAGAGGGAGGGCUCAGCUUUUCCCUUCCGUCCCAACAACGGCCUCUCUUUCCAGGAUAGCCUGGCACAGAUGAAGGCCGUCUAUGCAAACCUCAUCUCAGAUGCCUCUUGGUCUAGCAUCACAAUGGACAUCAUGAAAUCUAAGCCUGCUGCAGCUGGCAGUGUCAACAGUGCCCUCACUAGUCCAGAGCCUGCCUCUACUGCCUCUGUGUCCACAACUACAACCAUAAAUAAGAGCAGUGGGGUCAACAUGGCUAGCAGUCACCAUAACGGCAAGACCUCCAGCACCACUGUCAACCACACAGGGAGCACAAGUGGCAGUACAAAUGGCACAGCAGCUAGCUCUGUUAGCAGCCACAGUGCAACCAGCAGCAGUGGGAGCAGCAGUGCUGCUGCCAGUAAUGGUAGUGGUGUAGCCUAUGACUGGCAUCAGGCAGCACUUGCCAAAACACUUCAGCAGACCCCCUAUCACCUUUUACCAGAGCCUAGCCUCUUCAGCACAGUGCAGCUCUACCGACAGAACAACAAGCUGUAUGGCUCUGUUUUUACUGGUGCGAGCAAGUUCCGCUGCAAAGACUGCAGUGCUGCCUAUGACACACUGGUGGGUUUGACGGUCCACAUGAAUGAGACGGGCCACUAUCGAGAUGACAACAAAGACAAAGAGGAAGAUCAGGGAAAGCGCUGGUCCAAACCACGUAAGCGUUCCUUGAUGGAAAUGGAGGGGAAAGAGGACGCCCAGAAAGUUCUGAAAUGCAUGUACUGUGGCCACUCAUUUGAAUCUCUGCAAGAUCUCAGCGUUCAUAUGAUCAAGACCAAGCAUUACCAGAAAGUGCCUCUCAAAGAACCAGUGCCAGCCUUGGCCACUAAACUGGUACCCACUUCAGCUAAAAAACGUGCUAUCCAAGAUGCUAUAGUCUCUCCAUGCUCCCCAGACUCUAUCCAUGCUGGUAGUGGUGGUGGCAGUGUCUCUCUUGGGGAUGUUGGCAAAGACACAAAAGCUGCAGCUAACCCCUAUGUUACGCCAAACAACCGCUAUGGCUACCAGAAUGGUGCCAGCUACACAUGGCAGUUUGAGGCUCGCAAAGCACAGAUUCUAAAAUGCAUGGAGUGCGGGAGCUCCCAUGAUACAUUGCAGCAGCUGACUGCCCACAUGAUGGUUACAGGUCACUUUUUGAAGGUCACAAAUUCUGCUUCCAAAAAGGGCAAGCAGCUAGUCUUUGAUCCAGUGGUGGAAGAAAAGAUUCAGUCUAUCCCAUUACCGCCAACCACCACCAGACUCCCUGUUCCCAGUACGGUUAAGUCCCAGCCAGUGUCUCCUGCACUCUCCUCUGGCUCAGAGGAAAAGAGGGAAGCGGGUGAGGAUGAAAAAGUGGAAGGAGGCGAGCAAGUGGAGAAAAAAAUCAAGGAAGAGAAAGACGACUCAGGUGAGAAAUCUGAGACUGACACCACGUCGUAUAAAUACCUUAGAGAAGAAGACCUGGAGGAGACCCCUAAAGAGGGUUUAGAUAUUCUCAAAUCCCUUGAGAACACAGUAUCUAGUGCUAUCAGCAAGGCUCAGACAGGCACGCCCACAUGGGGUGGCUACCCUAGCAUUCAUGCGGCCUACCAGUUGCAGGGUGCCGUGAAAAGCUCAGCUACUGUUCUACCCCCGACUGUCCAGAGUGUUCAGAUGCAGCCAAUGUUUAACAGUGGUCUACGAAGUCUAGUGAGCGACCCCAACUCAGUCAUCCACUCACCUCGGAGCCCUUCCUCUCCUACUCCCCUAAGGAGCAAUGUCACCGCCAUGGAGGAGCUUGUGGAGAAAGUGACAGGAAAAGCUGCCACUGUGAAGAAAGAAAAGGAGGAGAAGAUGGUGAGCCUGGAAAGAUGCCGACAGCCAUCGCUGGUAAAAUCGCCUUCCCCUGCACUGAGAGAACAGCGAGAGCAUUUGGCAUCUCCAAAUGACCUUUCCGUAGGUAAACCGUCUGGUAUGAGAAGUAGCAGCCCGGGCAGUGUAGAUUCAGAGCUUAUCUGCAAGAAGGAGCCCAAAGAGAGCCUAGUAGAUAGCCACAGCAACCAUUCAAAGAAUGGCUCUGAGACGUGCCAAUCCCCAGUAACUAACGGAAACAGUCUUGGCAUCAUCACCGAUCACUCACCUGAAAGUCCUUUCAUCAACCCUCUUAGCGCACUCCAAUCAAUCAUGAACACACACCUGGGGAAAGCCUCAAAACCAGUAAGUCCCGCAGCAGAUCCACUGUCUAUGCUUUACAAAAUCAGCAACAGCAUGAUGGAAAAGCCAGCUUUCAACCCAACUCCUCAGGGCAAGCCAGCUGAGCCCGUCAACCACUACCAGCUGUAUGAAAAUAAUGACCAGCCCAUAGACCUGAGUAAAAAUAAGUCCGCCACUAAUAGCAACAACAACAACAACAAAAGCAGCAGUGCACUUUUGACCAACAGUAGCGUAAAUGGUAACAAACCCCUUAUUUCCCUCCCUGACACAGUCUCCUCACCCCUGAGAGAGAACGCUCUGAUGGACAUUUCAGACAUGGUAAAGAACCUCACCGGGAGACUUACGCCCAAAUCUUCAACUCCCUCCUCCAUCUCAGAGAAGUCGGACGCUGAUGGCAGCGCGUUUGAGGAUGCCCUCGAGGACCUCUCCCCAGUGCAGAAGAGGAAAGGGAGACAGUCAAACUGGAAUCCCCAGCAUCUCCUCAUUCUGCAGGCACAGUUUGCGUCUAGCCUGAGGGAGACCCCAGAGGGCCGCUACGCCAUGACCGACCUGGGGCCUCAGGAAAGGGUCCACAUCUGUAAAUUCACGGGCCUCUCCAUGACUACCAUAUCCCACUGGCUGGCUAAUGUCAAGUACCAGCUGAGACGGACUGGGGGCACCAAGUUUCUCAAGAACAUGGACUCGUGCCAGCCCGUGUUCCUCUGUGGUGACUGUGCCUCUCAGUUCAGGACUCCCUCCUCCUACAUCAGCCACCUGGAGUCUCACCUGGGCUUCAGCUUGAAGGACCUGUCCAAACUGUCAGCUGAGCACCUACGGGAGCAGCAGGCUGCCUCGAAGGUGAUCACAGACAAAAUGACAUUCGGCAGCCCCCUGUCAGCCUUGACCACGCCAGAGGACGACACAGGCUCCGUGUACCAGUGCAGACUUUGCAAUCGGACAUUCGUCAGCAAACACGCAGUCAAACUGCACCUCAGCAAGACCCAUGGCAAGUCUCCAGAGGACCACCUGGUGUUUGUCACCGCUUUGGAGAAACUGGAGAAGCUAGACAAAAUGGAGAAGGUUUAAACAAUGUCUCGAGCUGAGAGUAAGGACUGACAGCUGUGGAACUGACUCGAUUUUCAUUGCACUAAAAAUGACGUUGUUCACAGUUACUGCACUGGGCCGAACUGAGCCGCCAGAAAAAAAAAAAAAAAAUCAAGUCUUAUUAUUAUUAAUUUUUUUUUGUGAUAACUGCCUGACUGGACCAUGUCUUUUCAUGUGAAUUUGUUUUUGUUUCGCCAAGCUUUUUUACACUUAUUUUGUAAUAUAUUUAUAUGCUAUUUGUCUGAUCUGUGCAUGUAUUUUAGUGAAUCAAGGUUAAACACGAGAUUUUAAUCUUUUCAUGGCAAAAAUACAACUACUGCUUCAACGGUAAAAGUGGCGAGUGGACAGAAUUGGUGGAAAAGAUAACUGUAUAUUACUUGAUAUGAAGAAGGUGGAAAAUUCAAUGUAUACACCAAAAGAAUGAAAGAAUACCCCGAAAGACUGAAGUAGCACCUUAGACAGUUGAAUUUGUAAAGAGAACAUGUUUUGAAAUAUCUUGCAUUUGUCAAAAUCAGAUUUUAAAAGAUCAAGGAUUAUCAACCCCCCCACCCCACCCUCUUUCCUUCUUGGGUUUCUGUCACGGCAAUGUUUUUGAUGAUGAAUGGCCUGCUCAUAAAUCUGUCAGUGUAAAAAAAAGAAAAAAAAGAUCACAUGAACAUUUGGAAAAACUGAAAUGCUGCUUCUGGUUCUGAGUCAAUCAGUGGAAAUGAACGGCCAUCGGUAUGCAAGUUUGCUGAAGAAACUUUUUCCUUGUUGUGAAGUAUCACCUCAUAGCAAUUUUCCAGUUGUAUGGUUUGUUACAACUUUUCUCUUUCUAAACUGUGUCGCUUUAUUCAGCUGUAAAGAGAACAGUCCGUCACGUGUAAAUGAUUACCAGUGAAAUGUCAGUACUCCAUGAGACAUAUCUUACCAUUUGAAAAACGGCUCAAAAUUGUUUGUAUCUUAAGGUGUGUGCAUUCUUGAACUUUUAUAUUGUCAUUUUUAUAUACAAAAAGAAAAAGCUAAAAAAUAAAAACAGAUGGUGUACAUAGAUAUAUGCUGUAGAGCUACGAAAUGACCUUUUUUUAAAGAAAAAUACAAAUUUAGCUUCUUUGGCUUGGUUUACAGAAAUGAUUUUAAUUAUUACUUGCAUCCAACUUGAUGCAUGAAAUGGUGUGGAAAAUAAAUAAGCGAUGCACAAUGACUAUACAUUUCAAUGUUUUAUCGACAAUAUUGUAAAGAAAGAAAAAAAAAACACGACUUUUUAGCACCGAUUAGUUUGUUUCAUUUUUCUUUUCUCUCUCUCUCUCUCUCUCUCUCUCUCUCUCUCUCUCUCUCUCUCUAAAUUGUAAAAUAAACCCCAAAGCAGUUGUUAACAGUCA